AUGCCUGUACCACCUAAGCCUGCCAUGAAACGACCAAUGGGUCGGGUGGCGCCCAAGCAACAGAAGGCCACACCUCCAGCAAAGCAACCGAAAGCCGCGCCUGUGCCCGAGGAACAGAAGGAGGUGCUUGUGCCUAAGCCGAUGAUCAUGUUUAGUUCUUGUCCCCACAAGUUCGAACAGCCAAGCGGUCCAGCACCACACAAUCCGAACACGAAAUUCAACGAAGAAGAACAUGUCUUCAACCAGCCAUCUCUCUGCUGGGACUGUGAUGUCCACGUUUACAACAAUCGUCAAGAGCUGCUCAUGAGAACAGUACAGGAGUUCGACAGCGAGCGAGAUCGAAAUGAAUAUCUGCUGAUCCACAAAGCCAGAAUCCAGGCUGAUCUUAGACUUCAACGCGACACGGAGAUCCUGUUGAGCUGGGGAGAGUACAUCCAAACCUGGCUGAACUCAACUCGGGUCAACAACGGUCAGAGAGAGAUCCUGAGCAUUGAUCUCCAGCGGGAUAUGUCAGGUGUCAGUGCCAAGCUCGUUUGGAAAGUCGAAGGUGCCGAUGAGGUACCGCCGCCGCCAGCGCCGCCAAAGCCGGUCGUCAAAGACAUAAGCACGAUAACGAGAGAUGUACCUGUCGAUCUUGACGGCAAUAAGGCUCGACCAAAAUGGAUCUUCUCCGCGUAUGCGCCAACGAAAACAGCGCCAGCAUCGCUCAUGACCGACAAUGAAUUCAGCACAGAAGAGAUCAGAUUGCGGUAUUACCUCGCCGCGUCUACUGGACAAGGCACCUCCGCCGAUCAGGAAGCUAUGCAGAUGUUCACCAAGAUCGAGCAAGACUAUCAGAACAUCUUGAACAACGUCAGUGAUGUCUCAAAGUUCAUGGAUGAAGCAGAGAAGAAGCGACCGAAUCGGCUGGAUCUCUCAGAUGUGUCGAUCUUCGACGGCCGCAAAAGUCGCGAGGAGGUCACGAGAACGUUCGGUGGCAGUCAAGGGAAUUCAUUUGGAGCGGAUCCUUCACCGUUUUCCACAGGCGCUACGAAUAGCACCGGUGGCUUUGGACAGAAUCAGAACACGAACUCGAACCCAUUCAGCAAGCCUGCAACGUCGACGUUCGGACAGCCAACAGGCCCUUCUGCAUUCGGGCAACCUAGUUUUGGGCAGUCAGGGUUUGGAGGGUCGAAUUCCGCACCGUCGUUUGGGCAGGCAGCCACACCAUCAUUCGGCCAGUCAUCGACUCCUGCCUUUGGUGCUACCGCAUUCGGCAAGCCGUCCCUCGGUGGUAACAGUGCACCUUCCUUUGGCACCCCAUCCUUCGGUUCCACAGGGUUUGGACAAGCCCAAGCAGAAAAGAAGAAUCCGUUCGCAGCAUCAUCCGCAUCUAGUGGAUUUGGUCAGAGCACGAGUGCCUUCGGGCAGACAGCACAGGCUACGCCCGCCUUUGGCGCACCUUCACAACCGACUUCAGGACUUGGCCAGGCCGCUCAGCCUACCACUGCCUUUGGCCAGCCUUCACAACCAGUCUCUGGCUUUGGACAAGCGCCUCAGCCUACAACUGCUUUUGGCCAGCCUUCACAACCGACGUCUGGCUUUGGACAGGCCUCGCAAACAACACCUGCCUUCGGUCAAGCGUCACAGAGCGAUUCUAUAUUCGGGCAAAAGCAGCAGCCUCCAAAUCCGUUUGGCCAAAAUACGCAGAGCGCGAAUCCUUUCGGCCAGCAAGGCCAGCCGUCCAACGCCUUUGGCAAGCCGGCGGGUUUCGGUCAAUCGAGUCAGCCAGCAUCUCCGUUCGGUCAACCUGCUAAGCCUUCUUCAGGGUUUGGAACAGCUUUCGGGCAGCCUGCGCAGCCAGCGGCAAGCCCUUUCGGCGGCACGACUGCCAGCACUGGGUUCGGUCAAGGCGGCUCAGGCUUCGGCGCGUCAACGACUCCAGGUCAGACCUCAAGCGCGAAGGUCACGCAUGAGCCUCCAGCAAACCCAUUCGGCCGACCGUCUUCAAGUUCAGGACCAGCUGGCGACGCGACGCUGGACACCCUCAACCCUCCGAACCCACUUACAGGCAAACCAUCCGCGCCACUCCACGUAACGCAGUCUCUGCCGCCAAGGCCACCACAAACAGAUUCUAGUGGCAGACUCUCCUCCUACCGUGGACAGCGCGCAACAUACGAAUCACAACCCGACAAGUCCAUUGACGGUAAGGCCGUGCGACAGGAACCAAUCCUUGCUUAUACGCGUCCGGACACAAGGCAGCCGGAAAAGAUCUGGCACCCCAAGGCUGGCAAUGAUCCCGCGCUGAUUGCGCUCAGCGCCGAGCUGAAGAAGUUCGAUAUCCAAGCCAAGGAAGAGGACUACACGGAGACGGUAGUGGAUGAGUACAGGCAUUUGUACGAGACGGGUGGUUUCAGGGAUGGGAAGCUGCCGCUGGUGCCGCCUAUGAGGGCCUGGGUCGCUUACGACUUCUAG